AUGGACCGACCUGUUCACGACUACUCGCAGACAGGUUUGCCCUCGCCCUACCCAAGCAGCUUCGGCGACAAUCAUUCUGAAGGUUCGGCUGCAGAUCACGCGUCAGGUGCGCAGUAUCCCGUCAAGCAAGAAGUCAGCUAUCCGACCUCGGCGACACCUACGUCUGAGUACGGCGUGUACCCUCAGUCCUCGCGAUCAGGAACCUUCCAGGAGCAUAUCCAGCGUUCAUACCAUCCAGCGACCGGCACCGGCAGCGGAGGUAUGGCGCAGCAACAAAACAGUCCGUCAUUUACCCAGCAGGAUGGGCGAAACCAUCAAGCCCAUACCGUUCAUUCUGACACCGGAGUGCCUAUAGACCCGUCCAUUGCGGCACCUAGCCCGACUUACCCUUACGGCCAACAUUCACCAUACGGUACAAAUCCAGACAUGACGCACAAUUACUCCCAUACAAACAGUGGCAUAUAUGCGCAGCCUCGUCCCGACUGGACGGGUUACUCUCAGCAUAGUCAAAUUGCGUCUGGGCACCCUGUGUACUCGCCCUCUCAGGCCUCACAGCAGGCUCAACAAAGGCCAAAUCAGGUUUACUCGUUUGUGCCAAUUCCUGGAGCGCAGCAGCACAAGCGCCCCCGCCGACGAUAUGAAGAAAUUGAGCGCAUGUACAAGUGUGGUUGGAAUGGCUGCGAAAAGGCUUACGGCACGCUGAACCACUUGAAUGCUCACGUCACCAUGCAAUCCCACGGGCAGAAACGAACCCCUGAAGAAUUCAAGGAGAUCCGCAAGGAAUGGAAACAGCGCAAGAAGGAGGAAGAGGCACAGCGUAAGGCUGAGGAAGAGCGACACCGUGCCGCUGCUGCCGCCGCACAAGCGCACAACGGUGGACCAGACCAAGGCCCUGAUGUUCCUCCAACUUCAACCUACCCAGGCUCUCGACCUGUUCAGCUGCCUCCUAUUGGUUAUCAACCAAAUCAGUAUCCAGCUCCUCCGUCAGGAGCAGUCCCCCAACAGCAGCUUGCAGACUAUGGUGCCGGCCACAUGUACCCAAACUACCAGCCUCAUUCGCCAUACGGCCAGCCUACCCAAAGCAUGUACAACCAGUCUAAUGGCGGCCCUCCUGGAAGUCAUUAG